AUGUUGAUUUCAGUACACUCAGCUGUUUUCGCGCCGUGGCUGUUCCUUCUGCUGGUCAGUAGCAGCUGCCCGCCGCUUGUUCGAUGCUCUGUGGGCCGCACGGACUCGGUGAGCUACUUGACAGUCGCAUAUGGCACCAUCUUCUCUCCGCUGUUCAAAGCUCUUUCCGAGCACGGAGGAUCCAGGUGGUGGAACCAGCCUCCGUAAAAAAAUAACAAAGCUGAGCACAAGUACAUGAAAUAUUUGACGGCUGUGUUCAAGACAAAUUCCAGGGUGCAGAGGACGUCACGCUACGACGUCGUCAGGCUAAUCAAGCCGCAAGAGCAAUGUUUUGCCAAAAGCAAUAAAGAGAAUUUUACACUGGAUCUGUCAUACAGCCUCGAUCAAGUCAGAGAAAAAGAGCAGCUCAUGAAGGCAACGCUUUUGUACAGUUUGGCAUACAUUAACUCUGUGUGCUUCCUGAGCAUCAAGGAGCAGGAGCACUCCAACAAAUGUCCGCUUUGUCCUGGCAUCUACCGAGCUCUAAAUUUCACUGCGGAUGACACGGAAAGAGGGAACUGGUUGGAAGUCGACAUCACUUCUCUGCUUCUGCCGCCUUCAAAAUUCCCGAAGAAUGUCCACCUACACAUCAAUGUCAUCUGCCCCAAGGAGCAACAAGCUGGGAAUGCUGAGCUCGAAGGCCCUUUGCAAUUCACCUUGGGUUCUCCUCCGCUGCUGCUUUACCUCCAUGAUAACAAGAAAACGUCAAACCAGACAUUGCCUCCUCCUCCUUCUGCAAAUGAGUUUAACAAUCACAUUUUCAAAGCGCUUCGAGCCAAGAAGCGGCAAAGGAGGGCAUCUGCAAAUAGCAAACGAGGUGAUAAAAGCUUGGACAUCAAUUUGCCAGAGCUUCUUCCAACCUCGAAAUUCCCAACAAGUUAUUGCGCCUUGUAUGAUUUCAGAGUGCAAUUUAGCCAGCUUGGAGCGGAUCACUGGAUUGUUUAUCCCCCCAGAUAUAAUCGGUACUGUAGAGGCAUCUGCCCACGGGUAAUCGGUGAUAUUUAUGGUUCUCGGCACACCAUGCUACAAAACAUCAUUUAUGAAAAGCUGAAAUCCUCUGUGCCCUGGCCCUCGUGUAUUCCCUCACACUACAGCCCCCUAAGCGUCUGGCUUCAAGAAAAGGACGGGACUUUAGUUUACAAGGAGUUUGAAGAGAUGGUGGCCACCAGGUGCACCUGCCGCUAA